UGCGACCCCCUUCUUACUGCGCUCAAAGACUGCCUCCUUCACUCUGAUUGCGUCCUAAAGCAAGGAUAUCUUCCUUCGCAGUGCCUCAAGGAACACUUCGACGAUCUUCCUGAGCAAUGCAAAUCACUUCGUCAAGCUACGUUUGAGUGUAAGCGUGGUAUGCUGGACAUGAGGAAGCGAUUUAGAGGGAACAAUGCAGGCGCGGUUGCGGCUAAGAUUAAGGAGCAGAGUACAUCGAGUGCCGAUUCCGUGUCAAGC